AUGAAGGGGGAUACAGUUCCAGCGCCCAGGGAAGCCCCUGGAGCGACACCUAGAACCACACCCUCUCCCCGCAGUCACGGAGGGGACCGAGUCUUCACACCCGAGUUCGAUACAGUAGCCCACGACCAUCUAGACCCUGCCAAGCGAUACCACACAGGGAUCUUCGUUGAAAGAGACCCGGAGAUCGGCCUAGGCGACCUAUUCAACGUCACUGGCGACAUCAUCGCCCGCGCCGGCAUGCGGUUCGAAGUGAAAGAGGACUAUGUUCCUGGAGCAGACCGGUAUUUUCACAGAACCGAACAGGUGGGAUGGAUUCACAAAGCCGAUUAUCCGAGAAUUACGAGGAUCUUGGAAGCCUUGCCCACACCAACCAAACAGCAGGGGCUUGACUUCUGGAGCAAGGAUCCAGCUAAGCGGAAUAUCAGCUUACUUGGACGAAGCAGAACGGAGAUCUUUACGGGCCGGGCGAAGAACGACGGCCAAUCAUGA